AUGUUGCACGUGGUGUACGUGACUAAAACUCUGGAUCCCUGCUAUCAGACUGACUUCACCUUCAGCUAUCACCUGAUCACUGAGAAUAAGACCUGGUAUGAAGCUCAGAGUUACUGCAGGAAGAACUACACUGAUCUGGUCAGCAUCAGAGAUCAGGAGCAGAAUGAAGCAGUGAAGAUAGCAGGGAUGAAGAGCAGUGAUUCCUUCUGGAUUGGUCUGCUGCGUGAUGACCUGGAGUGGGCUGAUGGAGGAAGAUCUGCUUACAGAAACUGGGACACUAUUUACCCUCGAUCAUCAACAUCAUCAAACUGUACACUGCUGAAUGCGAAUGGGAAAUGGGAAACAGUGCCAUGCAAUAAUACUGCGCCUGCUGUUCUGUGCUACAACACAUCUGUUAAUGUCGGUGAUGACCAAAUGACCGGGAUGAGCAGCACUCUGAACUACUGUAAGAAAGUCUUUUCUCCUGCAGAACAAAACAAUCGUCUGAGAACUUUCCAUCUCAUAGAGAAGAACCUGACUCAGUCUGAAGCUCGAGCAGCUUGUAGAGAGAACUACACUGAUCUGGUCACUGUGUAUAAUGAUGAAAACAUCACUGCACUGAUCAGACUGACUGGUAUCGGCUCUGCAUGGACCGGUCUGUACAGGAAUCAGCCCAGUGUAAAAUGGUCUAAUGGUGAUAACGUUACAUUCAGAAAUCAGGAGACUGGAGACUGUGGCUCAUUGCCCUGCUGUUCUCUUAUGAAGGCUGAUGGAUCAUGGGACAAAAUUCAGUGUACACAGACAAAAAACUUCAUGUGUUACAAACAAGGUCAGACUGACCUUACCUUCAGCUAUCACCUGAUCACUGAUCAGUUUCUGAACUGUGGGCUAAUGGAGGAAGAUCUGCUUACAGAAACUGGUGGAACGAUCACCCUAAAUCUUCUCCAGCAGACUGUGUGA